AUGGUGUCUCGGGGCCAGGUUCACCUGGGCCCCAAGUAUGUGGGCCUCUGGGACUUUGAGGCCCGAACAGAUGAGGAGCUGAGCUUCCAGGCAGGAGAUCUUUUCCAUGUGACCAGGAAGGAGGAGCAGUGGUGGUGGGCUGCCUUGCUGGAUGCUUCAGGCGGAACCCUAGCUGAGGGCUAUGUGCCUUACAACUAUCUAGCUGAGAAGGAGACUGUGGAAUCUGAGCCGUGGUUCUUCGGUCGAAUCUCCCGCUCAGAGGCCAUGCACCAGCUACAGGCUGAGGGGAACUCAACAGGUGCCUUCUUGGUCAGAGUCAGUGAGAAGCCAGGAGCUGACUAUGUCCUCUCAGUGAGAGAUGCUCAUGCUGUGCGGCACUACAGGAUCUGGAGGCAUGAGGGGGGCCGGCUGCACCUGAAUGAGGCAGUGUCCUUCUCCAGCCUGCCUGAGCUUGUGGACUACCACAAGGCUCAGAGCCUGUCCCAUGGCCUUCGGCUGAGCAUUCCCUGCUGGAAGCACAAGUCUGAACCCCUGCCCCACUGGGCCAACUGGGAGAGGCCAAGGGAGGAAUUCACGCUCUGCAGUAAGCUGGGGGCCGGCUACUUUGGGGAGGUCUUCGAAGGGCUCUGGAAAGGCCAGGUCCGUGUGGCUGUGAAGGUCAUCUCCAGAGACAACCUCCUGCACCAGAACACCUUCCAGUCAGAGAUUCAGGCCAUGAAGAGGCUGAGGCACAAGCACAUCCUGGCACUAUAUGCCGUGGCAUCCACUGGGGACCCUGUCUACAUCAUCACUGAGCUCAUGCCCAAGGGAAGUCUGCUGCAGCUGCUGCGGGAAUCUGAUGAGAAAGCCCUGCCAGUUUUGGAGCUGGUGGACUUUGCCUCACAGGUGGCCGAGGGCAUGUGCUACCUGGAAUCACAGAAUUAUAUCCACCGUGACCUGGCUGCCAGGAACAUCCUUGUUGGAGCAAACAAUAUCUGCAAAGUGGGCGACUUUGGGCUGGCCAGGCUCAUCAAGGAGGACAUCUACCUUUCCCAUGAUCACAACAUCCCCUACAAGUGGACAGCCCCUGAGGCCCUCUCAAGAGGGCAUUACUCCAUCAAAUCUGAUGUCUGGUCCUUUGGGGUUCUCGUCCAUGAAAUUUUCAGCAGGGGGCAGACACCCUAUCCAGGCAUGUCCAACCACGAGGCCUUCCUUAGGGUGGAUGCUGGCUACCGCAUGCCCUGCCCCCAGGAAUGCCCACCCAAUAUAUACAAGCUCAUGCUUGACUGCUGGAGCCGGGACCCUGAGCAGAGGCCUUGUUUCAAAAGUCUGUGUGAGAAACUCUCAGGUUUUACCAGGUACGAGAACUUGGUGUGA